GAUAGCAAGUGCUUCUUCCGGGCCAGAAGGAGUGAACCAAGGCACAGGGAUGGGGGCACUGCCUCACCUGAGGUCUUUGGUACCAAAGGAAUCAUCCGUACAUUCUAGAGGAGUCCCAGAGUACAGGACCUGCCCCAGGAGAGGGCUGAGCAGGGCCUGUGUACCUGCCUGCCUGCCAGCCUGCUCUCCCUCCCACACAGUGCAGAAAGGACCAAUCGGAUUGCAAAUGGAGGCCAUGAAUUAAAAAAAAAAAAAAAAAAAUCAGGCAGCCCCAACUUUUAAAAGGCCCUGAGCCCCAGAGACACAGCGUCUACCACUGCUUCUGUGAUGCCAAUCCCCGGUCCCCACGAAAGGCCGAGAAGCCAGCAGAGGCACCUGCAGAGCCAGUCGUUCCGUUCCCCAGGCAGCACCUGGGGCUGCUCUCAGUGGAAAUGGUGAAGGCUGCUGCCACCCAGGAGGGAGCUUCGUGGACUCCCUGGCUAUGGCGCCAGAAGCCUGGAACUGCUGCCAUGCUUGACAAAACAACGGGAGUCCAGGGGACGAGGAGGCUGGUGCUGGGAGCUGGUCGAUGGUGACAGGGGAAGUAGGGGUGACUUCUGUUUCUAUCUGGUUCUCGUCUGGGGGGGCCCUGGCCGGGCAGCCCCCCCACAUUUCUUCUGCCCUGAAACACGGCUCUAGCCAACCUGCUCCGCUGCUUCACCUGCGACCGUCUGUGUGGGGGCUGCACAGCACCAGCCCCUCCGGCCCGCCAGGGCAUUGUCCUCCAGCCCGUCAUGCCCAGCUGCGACCCGGGCCCAGGCCCCGCCUGCCUCCCCGCCAAGACUUUCCGCAGCUACCUGCCCCGCUGCCACCGCACUUACAGCUGUGUCCACUGCCGAGCACACCUGGCCAAACACGAUGAGCUUAUUUCCAAGUCCUUCCAAGGGAGCCAUGGCCGAGCCUACCUGUUUAACUCCGUGGUCAACGUGGGGUGUGGGCCGGCUGAACAGCGCCUUCUGCUCACGGGGCUCCACUCGGUAGCUGACAUUUUCUGCGAGAGCUGCAAAACCACACUGGGCUGGAAAUAUGAACAAGCUUUUGAGACGAGCCAGAAGUACAAAGAAGGGAAGUACAUCAUUGAGAUGUCACACAUGGUGAAGGACAACGGCUGGGACUGAGGGGCUCAGGCAGGCUGUGCCCUUCCUCCGCAUGCCCCACCCUCCCCCACCUGCCCCUGGCCCUGCCAAGCAGUCCAUACCAGCAUGAGUACUGCCCCACCCCUGGGGGAGACCAGGCUCUGACCAACCCCUCCCCUGCCUCCACACAUCACUACCAGGCCCUUUUUGGAACAGGGGCCUGGGGAUACCCCAGGGGUGUUCAAGGCUCAGGAGUGGGCAGCAGUCAGGGAGAGACAGAACUGGGGUGGGAUGGUCGUGGCCCCCUCUGGCCCCAAGAUUCUGAAGAUUCAGGCGAUGGCAGGAGUAAACUCAGGCAGAGAAGACUAGGGGAGGAAUUUGUUCUCACCUCACCCUUUUUGAGUAAACAGCAGACAACCCUCGGUCAUGGAGCUGGUAGAACCUAGGCUACAGAACAGCAGAGAGAAAGCUUGGGUUGGAGUGAAAUCCUGGCUUCAGACAUGGAGAGACUGAGAGGGUGACGUUUCCCACCUGCAUUUGUAGGAGAAAGGACUUGGGCAGAAGGGAAAACCUAAAUCCCAGGUCCUGGGAAAUAAAAGAACUACCAGGG